UCUUCCAUUUCCUAUUAUUUCUGUCUAAAUUUAUGACAUGUCUUAUCAGAUAAAUGCAUGUAUUAUCGCCACAAAGUUCUAUUUCAGAACCAUUCUAUUCAAAAACUCUCAAUCACGCACCCGAAACAAUCAAAUGGUUCUUUCAUUUCCCAGCACCACAUCCGUCGUGUGCUCGAAACGUGACUAUUUUCCUAUUGAGUGGGAAUGGGAAGAAAAUAAUUUAUUGGCGGAUUCAGGCACAGGUCAUCCCAUUUCAAAUGAUGCUUGUCUCAAAUCAUGCGGCCGCUCAACCAUGAAAUAUUCAAUACAACACGAGUGUAGACUUCAAUGUCAGCUUUUUACUUUUGCUAUUUGUAUUUGCGGCUUUUUUGCAACCAAAAACCACAUUUCAAAGUGCUUUUAUCGUGGAUGAUCGCCGAAAAUUGAAGAGACGCUCUGAAUGUUUGAUUAAAUCGCAUGAAGUUUAUCUGCGAUGGGACAAUUAAGUGUCAAUUAAUUGACACUUAAGGUAGCUUAUCGAGCAUUUAUGAUAAAGAAUUUCAUGAUUUAUGACAAUGUGUUAUUUGUAGGCAAAUGUGCGGAUAAGAAGACAAAACAAUUCUUUAAAUGGGUUUCCUAUUUCAGGUGCCGCUUCAGUGUGUAAACUUCUCUAUUGAUUACAGACAUGUUUGAGUGUGGAGUUUCCCAUGAAAAAAAGCGCACUUUUCUUAAGGAAUUAACUUUCAAAUUCUGCGGAAAAAGUCUCACAUUAUUAAUUCAUAAGAUGGCUUAGAAUGAUUUCGUUCGCAUGACUGAGGCUCAUUUUCUCGGAAAAUCAAUGCAGAAUAUUCCUCAAUAAUUAAUUUCCUAUCCCGAAUCAGAUAUCAUUUUUGGUGUCGAAAAUUCUGCGAGUAUUGAAGCAAAUAUCCAUAGUCAAUUGUACAAUACAUGCAGCGCACAUAAGGUCAUGUUUCCCUCCACAUUCACACAUUUUCACGCCAUGCCGAAAAGUCAUUCAGAAAGCCCACACUCUCAGUGCCUCUCCAGAAGCGACUUAUCACCACCGUUCGACAGUCAGUUCUCACUGACUCGUCGUGGCGAUGAAAGUGCACCCGUGAGGAAUUGCAGUGUCGAUUGAGAUUCUGUGCAGCUCGAGUGAUAUAAAUAAUAUCACACGCAUUUCGGGAAGAGUGAAGACGAAAAGUGUGUGAGUUUUCGCUUGAAGGAAUUGGAUAGCAUGGAAGCUCCGCCAGCCAGUGAAACCGGCCUGAAGCCCAUCAUUCUCGAUGAAUUGGCGAAAAUUGGCUCAUCUGGACCUUGGCUUUGGAAAAUAUUCAUCUUGUGCGUCACGCCGAACAUUUUGAAUGGAUUUCACGUUUCGUCGUACGUGUUCCUCGGCGCCCUCCCGGACGCUUACUACUGCGUCGUGCCGGAGCUCCUGGAAGCCGGCUGGACGCCAGAGCAGAUGAGGAACAUCACGACGCCAGGAGACACUUUGCCAGCGCACAGUUGCGGAAUACUGAACUGGAAUUACAGUCAGUUGAGCAGCAUGGAUUUCGACGAGGCUCUGCACUUCACGCAGGAAAUGCAGCAGCCCGAGACGGUGUCCUGUCGCAGUCGUCCUGAGAAUUACUAUCACUACGAGCAGGACGAAGGGACAUCCAUUGUGCCAGAGUGGGAUCUCGUGUGUGAGAACAAUGUGUGGCGCACAACAGUGCAAGUCGGCCUCAGCAUAGGGAAAUUCAUUGGAGCGUCGCUGUUUGGCGUGAUUUCGGACAAGUUUGGGCGCAAGAAAGCCUUCGUGGGCGGCGCCACUCUAUAUAUUGUGAGCGGAUUUCUCACUGUCUUCACCAAAUCCUACUUUCUCUUCCUCCUGGGAAGAAUCGGACUGGGAAGCUCAGCUUCCGGGCUCUUUUAUGCAGCCUUCACACUCUUGACUGAGAAUAUUGCACUGAAGCACAGAUCGUGGAUGAGCAUCAUGUUCACCAUUUCUUAUCCGAUCGGCAUGCUGAUUCUAACGCUAUUCGCUUAUCUUCUGCCCCUCUGGAGAUCCCUUCAGCUGGCUCUGAUCCUCCCAGGACUUCUCCUCAUUGUCCACUGCUAUUUCCUGGACGAAUCUCCACGGUGGCUGGUGAGCAAGAAUCGGGAGAAGAAGGCGUACAACAUUGUCUUCGGGAAGAAACCCAGUGUUGAUUUGAUCUUCAAAGCCAACAAGAAGGCAGAAGAUGCUCCCGCAGACAGUGAUCCAUCGACUUCGAGGCUCGUGUCCAAGCUGAGGAACUCCUUCAGGGAAUUUGCCGGACUCUUCAGCACCUGGACACUGAGGAGGCGCAUCUUCAUCUGCUACUUCGUGUGGUGCGUCACGUCCAUGUCGUACUACAUCACGGCAAUCAAUGCGGACAAUCUGUCUGCCAACAGAUACAUGUACGUGGCCGCCACGGGACUCGUAGACAUUCCGGCGUACAUCAUUCCGAUCUUCAUUCUCAAGUACACUGGCCGGCGGAUGUCGUCGUUUGCGCUCUACCUCGCGGCAGGAUUGAGUUUGCUGGCCGUUUUGGCGAUUCCCAGAGAACAUUCAACCCUUAUUGUGGCGUUCGCGAUGUUCGGCCGCUUCGGCAUCAGCGCCGUGUAUGCCGUUCUCACUCUGCACACCGCCGAGCUCUUCCCCACUGAGAUCCGGAACUCUGCCCUCGGCACAAGCUCCACCAUGGCUCACGUGGGCUCAAUGGCAGCGCCGUACAUUGUGGAUCUCCUCGGUAUGGUGGCCUGGUACAUCCCCACGACAAUCUGCGGCUCUUCCAUCUUGCUGGCCGGCUUCCUGUCGCUCCUGCAGCCCGAGACGGGCAACAGAGAUCUGAAGGAUCAUGUGCAACAGGAAGAGGAGGAGAAGAAAAUUAAUGCGUGAUUCACUGAUUUUCAUUUUAUAUCUGAAGCGCACACAUAAUGUAUAUUACAUUUCAUACGGUUGCGCCACAACUUGAUUAAUCCAUUGCAAGUGAUGUUGGACGUCUGU